AGAAUUCAGCGGCGAGGAGAGUGGAUUUCGAGUGAGAGAGGUUUCUCUCUCUACUUUUUCUCUUCACAGAUUUGAGUGUUGUUCGUUAUCCGAUUGAGGAGAUAGAGUGAAAGAAGAAUGGAGAAAGCAUUGAUUAAAGUUGGGAGCAUCAAGGCUGGUAGCUUUUGGGUUUCGAAGAAGGCUAAAGAAGAGAUCUCCAACAUUUCUCAAGAUCUUUCGACGUUCUCAAACACGGUGGAAAAGAAGGCGAAAUGGGUAUUCGACAAGUUAAAAGGCAAACCGUUGAAACCAUUGCCGGAUUUUCUUAGAGAAUACAACCUUCCUCCCGGUUUAUUCCCACAAAACGUAUUGUGCUACGAGUUUGAUGAGUCGAAACUAAAGCUCGUGGUCCACUUACCCACUCCUUGUGAGGUAUGCUUCAAGGACCAAUCUGUCAUACGGUAUGCGACUCGAGUCAAAGCAUUGGUGUCACGGGGAAAGCUGACGGUGAUCGAUGGAAUGAAGACGAAGGUGUUGGUUUGGGUGAAAGUCACGAGCGUGGUCGUGGAGAAUUACAGGUCCGAUAAAGUAUGGUUCACAGCCGGUGUGAAGAAAUCACGGCCUCGAGACGCAUACGAGACGCCUCGUGAUGCCAUUCGUGUUGACGAGUUUUGAAAAUCGCAACAUUUCAGAUAUAUUUUUGUUUUCUUGUGAUUUUGCAUUUGUGAUGUUAAUAUUUGAAGUUAAUGAUCAUGACCUUAUUCAUGUUAUGUUUUCUAUACACAUUUCUAAGUAAGGAAUUCUAAUUUAAUUCCAUCC